AAUUUAGUUCAUUUUCGUAAGUUAUUUAAUAACAUUUUUAAACAGACAAGUUCUCUCUUUUCAAACCGCCGAAUAUUUAGUGGCAACACCGUUAUAAUCUCUCGCCACUUUUUGUAUACUCGCCCAUACUCGUGGUGUAAUGCUAUUUAAUAAAGUUCGUAUAAAUUCACAUUUUACUAGGCUCGUUUGCCAUAACACGUUGUAUAUACUCGUAUGUAUACUUGUUAUCCUUCUCAAAGCAUUUAACGCGUAUUAACCGAUUUGCUGCUGCGACGCCAACUAUGUAAUUGUGCGAUGAGAAGCAUUUUAUUCUUUCAAAUUGAAAUAUUAAGAUUUUGUAGACAUUUUUUGUUAAAAGCUUGAAAUAUGUAAUGUUAUUGUCAAUGAUUUGUGAAAAUAAUGUGUACGUGGGAAAUUAAUGUAACGUGUGAAAGACUACAACAUUGAUAUGCACAAUGCAAAGUACACAAUGCAACGACGGUCAACAAAAUACAAAGUAACGGUAACAUAUGAGGAGAUAAACUACAGUAAAAUUUCUAAAGGACAUACUCGACUAAAUGUGGAUUUGGUGUCGAAAAAUCAUCAAUAAACGGUGAAAACGACAGCAUGAUAAGCGCAAUAAUAAAUAAUAUUCGUUUACAACCGUUUUUGUAUCUGAUUUUGCACAUUUAUUUAAAUCAUAUUCAAUCUACGUCCCAGAGCAGUUUGAACGAUUUCAUAACUAUGGAGCGUCCAUAUUUUGAUGACAUUAGCCCACGAAACGUAUCGACAGUCUCUGACGAACCCGCCAUAUUAAAAUGCCGUGUUAGGAACAAAGGCAACCGUACGGUUUCAUGGAUGCGUAAGCGAGAUCUUCAUAUUCUAACUACCAACAUUUAUACAUACACUGGCGAUCAACGUUUUUCCGUCUUACAUCCGCCAGGCGCUGAUGAUUGGGACUUGAAAAUCGAUUACGCACAAAAAAGAGAUAGUGGAAUUUAUGAAUGUCAAGUAAAUACAGAGCCGAAAAUCAAUUUAGCUGUGUCAUUGGAAGUAAAUGCGGAGGCCGAUAAUAGAGAUAAGAUAACCGAAUCCCAAUACUAUGAUGCAAAAGCGGCGCGUGCGAAAAUUCUCGGCUCAACAGAGAUUCAUGUAAAGCGGGAUAGUACAAUCGCAUUAGCUUGUUCCGUAAACAUUCAUGCAUCUAGCGUGGCUUGGUAUCAUGGCGCAUCGGUUGUUGACUUUGAUUCUCAACGUGGCGGGAUCAGUUUAGAAACGGAAAAAACAGAUGUAGGUACCACAAGUCGUUUAAUGCUGACUCGAGCUUCGCUGCGUGACUCUGGGAACUAUACUUGUGUACCAACCGGAGCAAUACCAGCUUCUGUAAGGGUACAUGUACUCACGGGUGAGCAACCCGCAGCUAUGCAAACAAGUAGAAGCAACAUAGUCUUGCAAACGCAAGUAUAUUUAACAAUUGCCGCUUCAUGUAUCAUAACUAUUGUGUAUCGGUACCAAAACUUAAUCAUAUCACAGACGGCUUCCAACUACAAUAUGUGUCAACGAAGGUGAUUGAACACUAGUCGACGAAGUCUUUUUAACUAGUUGAAUGAAACAGAAACAAACUAAGGGCCGGCCAAUGUAGGCUUGAAUAUUGAUAUUGAGUACUUUAAUGGAAUUAUGUAAAGAUAUCCCGGUGUUGUGGAAACUACGCAUCCCUCAUUUGGUUCCUUAUAUACAUACAUACGUAACAACAAAAUACCGCAUUAAUCAAAAGAUUUAUAAGAAAAACAAUAAUACUAAUACUCUUAAUUGAAAAUAAUGUAAUAAAAUGAAACUAAUAUACACAAUAACA